UUUUAAACAAAUUAGAGAAUCAAACGAAUCUCCUUAUGGUCACUCUGCGCCACUAGCUCCUUUAUGUGCGCGACAGGGCGUGUACUGGCAAUGGCUGCCACCGGCUCCGCAACGACUACCUGGCUUCUAAGAGGAGCAUUUCAAGCUUUAGCACUAUCUCAUCCUCUUUGCAAAAUCACUAACUUCUCUUUCUAUGGAACCCCUCGCUCUCUUCCUCUCAUCACUCCAAUGAGAAACUCAGUCUUGAGGAUAUGUCACUUGGCACAAGCUACAAAGAGUGAAGUUAAUGAUUUACUCAAGUGUGGAGACAGAAGUGUCAAUGAAGAAGUCAAGUUUAUUGUCGACAUGGCUAGAAGGGCUUCAUUAAGAAGAGAUGUUCUCCAUACAGAUUUUCUCACCCCACCAACAUUGAAGGAUUCAAUGCUUGUAUUGGAAAAACUAGCUGAUAUUAAAGCAGUUGCUCAAGGAGGGUACCCACAGGCUGAACGAUGCCGGCUUUCUGUAGGACAUCCAGAAGCACUGACAAAUGAUCCAGAUAUAGUUGCAGCAUUGAGUAUCACAGGGAACUUUUCAUUUCAAUCCUGUUCUCAUGGUGACUUCCUUGGCGCAAUUCUAAGUACAGGAAUCUCCCGGGAAAAGGUUGGGGAUAUUAUCUUGCAGGAAGAUAAAGGGGCUCAAAUCCUACUUGUUCCAGAACUUGUCGAUUUUAUCAUGUCGUCACUGGACAAGGUUGGUAAUGUUUCAGUUUCUUGUGCAAGAAUACCAUUGCUUGCUCUUGAAUAUGAACCACCAAGGACCAAAACAUUUAAAACAGUUGAAUCAUCACUCAGGGUUGAUGCCCUAGCUAGUGCAGGAUUCAAGAUUUCACGGUCAAAACUGGUUGAUUUGAUUAGUAACAGGGAUGUGCGUGUGAAUUGGGUCACCAUCACAAAAAAUAAUACUGCACUGAAAACUGGAGAUAUUGUUUCAGUUAGUGGAAAAGGAAGACUACAGAUUGGAGAAAUAAAUUCUACAAAGAAAGGAAAGUUUGCUGUUGAGCUCAUUCGUUAUCUGUAAGCACCAGCAUGUGUUAUCAACAGAAGAUCAUUGAUAAUAAUCUGAUUCACUAGUCACAGAUGUAGUGCUAGCUUAUAUUAGCCUUUUGACAACGUAAAUUUUGUUUUUAUUUUGUAAAAAAUAAAUAAAUAAAUUUUUAUAAAAUUAUAUAUUUUAUCUA